AUGUCACUUUUAACUAAUUUCUUGACAGUCUCAAUACUGAGACUCAAAUCACCCAGCUCAGAUCCAGAGAGAGGUCUGAAAGCAUGGGCCAACCAGGUCCUCUCCAAAAGAAGAGAGAAUCCCACCUCUAUUCUCUAUGCCUCUCAACCCCCAACCCCAACUCCACUGAUGAACUGGUGGAAAAAGAGGAGGCUGAGCUUAGCCAGCAGUGGAGAAGUGAGCUUGAUGAGCACCAUCGACAAUUGGCUGGAAUUAGCCAACCAGCAGAAGGGGGCUCUGCUCCAAGAGCUCAGGAACACUGAAAGUGGCCCCCAGAUACAGAAUGAGAUGAAAAUCCUGAAGACAACCUCUAUUUCUCAGAUCAUUGGGACCAGCCAGAGGAUAAUCAGAAUUGAAGUACUGAUGGUUGAUCAAUUAAAGAAGGAGGAACAGGCACUGGAGGGCUCCUAUCUAGAGGCAAACUCUUACUGA